AUGAGGAAGUCUGAAAACGAUACAGAUGUUAAAUUCUCCACUGAUUUGGAUGAAAGUAAAAAGGAUUCAAAUUUUGGCGAUAGGUGGGCAUUAUUGCCGCCGCCGAACGAUCUUGAGACAGCUAAAUGUUCUGCAGACUUUAUUGUCGAUUGCACUCGUCGUUUCUCAUCAGAUACAUCACCUCAUGUUACCGUUGAAUGGGUUAAAGCAAUGGAAAACCUUACGGAACAUCUCCCUAUCGGGCUGGCUCACUUGUAUAUUCAUGAUAAAGAUGCAUAUGAGGUCUCUAGCACUUGUCUUGUCACCUGGCUUAUAUCCGGUCUUGAUCUUUCUCUCGCUCUGCAACAUGCCGAUGUCGUUCAUGUGUCUCGACAUCUUUCUGCCUCUGUGAGACUAGCUGGCUUGCUCCUCAGCGCUGCCGCACCCACAGAAUUAGCAAAUAGCCUUCUCUUCUCGUCUAGUUCGAAUAAUUAUCUUGAUUGUCAGUCUCAAAAAUUGCGACCCAGUGCCUUUCAGGUUGGUAUUUGA